AGUAAUUUGUAGCAACGCCGUUAUUAAGGCGAAUAGUUCAGCAUCACAGUCUGAAAUUUCAACAACGCGGAAUACAAUAGAUUCGGAAUCGGGAAUGAAAACAAAUAAAAAAUAUAUAUUUUUUGUUACAUUUUGGUGUAAACUUUUUUGGAAAUAUUUAAUUUAGUACAUAAGUAAUGUGUAAACGAUAAGCGCAAGUAAAUUGAAGCUAAACUUGGUGAAUUUUACUACGCCAAUAAUAUGCUGAUACAUUGAGGAGGAGGAGUAUAUAUGUAGCAGAAACGGAAAUGGUUGAAAAUUGCUGGAAGCAAUAGAAGAGCGAGCAAAAGAAGUGGCUAGAAACUUGUACAAAGUAGGAGAGGUGCAAAGCAAUACGAUAGUAAUAGCAAUAAAAAUAAAAAUAUAUACCUGUUCGUUGUGGAGGAGGUGGAGGAUCUGCAUGAGGAAGGCACCAACCAACGAAGAAGGAAUUGAAGUUGACGCAAGCAAAAAAGGCCAUUAAUACGAAGGCAACGGGCAAGUGAACGACGAAAAGCUGGAUGUGCGCUUGCAGGAAAAUCGCGCACAAUCUGCCAGUCAAUUUGUAGGCAUAAAAUACGUUUUCUGUGCGCACGAAAGUAGUUGGAGAAGCAAAAGUGCAUAAGAUAAAUGAAUAAAAAGUUAUAAAAUUAUAAUAACACGCAAAGUCAAUUCAACGAAAAAGGAGCUAUAAAGCAAAGUGGCUGGGCAUUUGUGCGGUGCAGUAUCGUGUCGCCAUGUUUCUGUGUGUGUAAUUGGGCGUGUUCAUGUGUUUGUGCACUAGCAGUGAAUACGGGCAAAGGCAAAAGUGAAAACUUGCUUUUUUGUCAUCGUGGUUGCCAUCAUCGUGGCCGUUGUCGUUGUAGUCGUCGUCGUCGUUGUACCGUCGAUGUAUUUUCGCAUUUUUCGCGACGGCAAAACUACGAGUGUAUUUGGCAAAAUAACCAGCCAACCAACCAAAAAGCCACCAGCCAGUUUUGGCCGCGGCUUUGUAUUCGGCAAUAAAAAAAUAAAAUCAAAUUCCUGGAACUCGAAUUCGCAAAAUUGAAAGGCGCGCGCGUGUUUUUCGCACAAAAACCUUUAAGAGGAUAUUUGCAAUUCAAACCCACUUGAAAAAUAAAUUGCAAGUGUUUGAAAAAUUAUAGUGCUGCUGGCCAGUGAAUUGGAAACACUCCAAAGUUUUAUGUAUAUUCGCACAGAGGGGGGCCAUUCGUGCCAGCCAUCGCAUUUGCCACCGCAACGCUAGACCACAGCGGCGGGAUUAUGUCAUUUUGUAUGUGUUUGCGUGUGUGUGUGUGCGAAAUUCCAACCAAUUAUUGAAUCGGAGUGCCAUCAAGCGCCACAAAGAUUCUAAUCUGUAAAUGAACUAUGAAAUUUCCAAUAGUGUUUUACUAAACUCACAAGUGUUAAAAAAACGUAUACGAAGAUGUAGCGCAAACCAGAUAAGUUUGUAACUAACAACUUUAAAAUCAUAGGGCAGAGAAAAUCUGCAUUUUAGAAAAUGUAUCCAGCGUAUUUGCGCCGCAAUUCUGUUGUUGGCGACGCAAUCCACUAUGAAGUACCCUCCAGCACAAAAAUCAGCCAUUUGCAUUUUAGCGACGGCAUUUUAACACAAAGCCGCCGGCUAUUUGAAUAUUUUCGAAAGCAACACCAAAUGUAAUUAAAAAUCAAAACUAACACUUAACUAAAGAAACAUUUGUAAAUACUUACCUACAUACAUAUUGUAAUCCUGUUUGUGCGCGUAGUUAAAUGGCAACAUUCAAUGGUCAUAGUACUAACACUGCUGCGGAUUUGCUGGGCUCAUCGGUUGCCGUCGCUGCUGCCACAGAGCAUUUCGAACGUAGCACAGCUGCGGCCACCACCACCUUCUUAGUGCCCUCCACUGCGACGGCCAAUGGUGCGCCAUUGCAUUUGGAACCUUUCAGUCUUGCAGGCGGCCCACACUUUGUCACAACAACUACAUCACCAUUGGGUGGUGCAACAUCGGCUCAACACCAUCAGCAUCAGCAUUCGCAUUCACAGCAACAGCAACAUCAUCACCAUCAUCAACAAACCAAUUCAACUUCAACCAGUUAUACAUUUGUACAAAUCAAACGCGAACCUUGCCAAGUUUCGGAAGUGACCUCCGCCAAUUGCCAUCAAACACAGCAGCAACAGCAUCAUCAUCAGCAACAUCACGUGUCUACAUCAUCGACAAGUGGCGGCGGAGGUGGGCUUGGUGUUGGUGUUGGAAUGGGCGUUGGUGUGGCCUCAUCAACGUCCAGUUGUUCUGCUUCCAUAUCAGCCGCUUCCAAGACUAUGUCCUCAUCGUCCACGCUGACAACGCUUGUAAAGAUAGAGGCUUCUUCGCCGAAGGUGAACGAAAUGGAUAAGACGUCAAAUGUGAACACACUCACCGGAGCGGCCACAAUGCCAAACACAAAUAACACAGUGCCCAUUGGUAUUGCCGUGGCGCGUAAGCGACCACAGGAAACGGCGGGCACACUCUCCAGCUCUACAGCCAUCCCGGUGCAACAGACACUUAACAAGGAUAUGAAUUGCUUUGGUAUACGCGUAGCGGAUCUGGGUGGCGUUAGUACUGGUUGCAGCAACAUCUAUUUCACAGGCAAUGGUGAUUUAGUGGCCGGCUCGGCGACUGCUGAAGAGUUGGCACUCAGCGCCGCAGGUGUACAAAGUGUCAAUCGUGCACCAUCCACAUUUUGGCAAUAUCAAAAUGCUCUACCUAUCGAAUCAGUGAUUUCCAUGUCUCCAGCCACAGUGGGUUUGCAGUAUUCGCGCGAUGCAAGUCGCGGUCAAGUGGUGCUUCUGCCGGCUACACCAGCCGCUUUAGGCAUAUCAAAUUUUCCAAUCUAUACACCCACAGAUCCGUUCCAACAGGCGGCGGCUUUCGUCUGGCCAUCAUACAUACCGCAGGGUACAACGUCGGCCGCAGCAGCCGCGGCAGCCACUCUACAGCCGCCGCCCAAUUUCAUAUUCCCCUCGAUGAGCCCCCACUCGACGCUACAGCCGCAGUCGUACGCCACAUCGCUUCAGCUCUUCGGCUCGAAUUACUUAACCGCGGCCGCAGCAGCAGCCGCCGCAGCCGCUGCCACUUCUACACUUUGCCAACACAAUCAACAGCAAACUACCAGCACACAGCAAACCACAAGUUCAAUCAAUUUGAGUUUGGCGGCGAGUGCGGGGUCUGUACCCCCGGGUGGUAGUGGUGGCAGUGGGGCGAGCAGCAUGAGCCACAAUCCACACAGCAGCAGCAGCACAAGUGGCCGCUUUUUAAGUUUGGCAACAGCUGGUGGACCCGCCGCCACCAUGUUCGAUGCGCCAAAACCACCAAAAACACUACAGCCUACGUUGACGCUACCACAACCCGUGCCACCACCGUCCACAGCUACGUUCCCGCCGCCGCCGCCCUCACUCAUCCUACCACCUGCCGGAAUGAAAAUCGAAGAGUGGAGUGCUACAGAUUUUAUGGCGGCUGCGGCGGCGGCAGCAGCAUCAUCAUCAGUUAAGACAGCUCACACACAAAUGGGCGCAGCACCGCCAACUGCAUCUCAGCCGAUCGCAUUGAACUUCGAAAGUCGCGACAAGAUGACUACAACGUCAUCGAGCACAACGAACUUGUUGGACUUGCAGAAUGCAGCGGCUGCUGCUAAUACACAGGCAUUGAAUUUGAUGCGGCUACCUACGCCGCCCACCUCGGCGACAAUGGAGAAUGCGGCUGCAGCUGCUGGCGGGCCACAACUGCAGCCACAGAUACUAUUUCAUGCCAGUUCGACGCCCUCGCCGGCUUUGCUUAAUCUCUCGGCGUCAAUGCCGCGUGGUGCGGCUGGCAGUGUCGGCGCCGGUACUACAACCGUCACUCCGACAGGUAUUUUCAUAAGCGGGGGUGGUGGGUGUGGCGGUGGCACAGCAACGCCAGUCACACUUUCGGCGACUAUCGGGCCUCCAACGCCGCUAGGGGAUGAACCGACCGCCAUUAAUUUCAAAACCAGUCCAGUGGAAGCGCCGCCGCAACAAUCGGUCGGCGGUAUUGUGGUCGGCGUGCCGCGUGUGAUCAGCAAUAACGGGCAAGCAAUGCAGGCGGGGCCGCCGCCACAAAUGCAGGAUGUGAAUAUACAGACGGAUACCCCGGUGUGUAGUGAUGACGAGAACUCAACAUGCCCACUUGCCCUUCAACAGCAGCAGCAGCAGCUACAACAACAUCUUCAGCAACAAUUACAUGCAACACAGUCAGGGGCGGCACAGUCACCGAACUAUAUGAACGAUGGCGAAGUGCAGCAGCCUUUGGAAUUGACCAAACAAAGUUAUCAUAGCGGCGUCACCAAUUGCUCCGAAGGUGCUGGAUAUACGACGAAUACAGCGCCAACAUAUAUCGCCACAAAAACAACAACAGAUGCAAAUCAACUUGAGUGCCAUAAUGAAGUAAACGCUACGCCGAAUAGAGAGGCUGAGUACCAAGAGGCAUCCGCGCAUCAACAGUCGCAAUCGCAGCCCCUGCCGCCGCCGCCAACUCGGCCGCCAACGGCAUGCUCAAUGGGCGAAGCCGCAGCAAUGCAUCCAGUGUCGGAAUCGCUGCAAUCCAGCGAGCAUUACCAGUACCACCAGCAACAGCAGCAGCUGAAUCAACAGCAGCAAUCUGGCGCAGAGGAUCUAACCGGUCUCGAACUACUCUCCAACAUCAGCACAAGCACGUUGGCGGGUAAGGGUAUCGGCGUUGGCGUCGGCAUGGCCAUGGUGCGCGUUAAGCAGGAGCCACUCGAUCAUAUGGAUGCACCAGUCUCAUCAAUGGGUGCUGAUAUGGCAUCGCAACCGGCGCUGACCACUCAUUUGAUGCCACAGGAAACCGUUCUGAAAUCACAGGCUGCCUCGGCUAGCUGUGACUCCUGUGUGCCCAGAGAGCCUGAAAUGCUGCAGCGGCAACCAACACCGCUGCCUUUGUUGCCGGCAGUGGCCACGCCUGCACAGCUGCCACUUGCGCCAACGCCCGGUGUGGAACCACUUGGUGGGUUGAACUUGCUUUGCGCACUUGCCGAGCAGCGUAUUCAAGAGGAAGUGCAGAUCAGCAGGAGUCAUUUGUUUGCCGACAACAAAACUCCGCCGACGCCGCCGCCACGUUCAACAUCGUCCUUUGGUUUUCAAACGCCACAGCCCCAAAGCCAGACGCAUCUGCAGCAACAGUCACCGCCGCCAUAUCGUCUGGAGCAAUCUUCCUUCCCCUCAAUGGAAGGCAUUGAGCUGCCUUCGACGAGUGGGCUGGGCCUCGGCAUAGGCAACGGCGGCGACCCACCAGUAAAGCGCAAGAAGCAUAAACAUUCCAAAUCAUCAAAGUCCUCUUCGUCAUCCACACUGGGCGGCAUCGGGGGUGUGGUUAGCAAGAAGUCGCAGCGUUGCUCGAAAAAGAGCAAGAAAAAAUAUUCCAAGGAGAAGCGAAAACACAAGCAGCAACAGCAACAAUUGCUGGCCUCUGCUGCUGCUGCAGCUGCCGCCUCUGCCUCUGCUUCCGCCGAUGAUGUGGACUUCGAGGACGAACAAUUGCAGCAGGAGCUCAAGAGUGCCUUCAAUCGUGUGGAUCCCAACUUCCAGUUGCGUUUCGGGCAAUGGGCCAAUGCGCAGGAGAUAUUUGAGCUGAUGGAGAGCGAUAUGCGCAUGCGUUUGGCCGAUAUAACGCGGCAAUAUCGCAAGAAGAAGCGAAAGCUCGACGAGAUGUCCAAGAAUAAAAAGAAAAAGAAAUGCGCGAAAUUGCUAGCCGCACAGCAACUGCAACAACAACAACAACAACAACAGCAGCAGCAAUCAACACUCUCACUGGCUUCGCUCAGCGCAACCGGCAGCGGUGGCAGCCUCGCCUGCAGCACCACUGGCAGCUCUAUGCCACUCUGUGAUUACAAGUUUCCGAAAUUCACCACCAACAGCGGUGUGGGUGCUACAUCUACGCCCUACUUAAAUCGUUCCACUUUCUUGCGCUUCGGCGAGAAGGCGCCGUCCGCAACGCCAGCACCACCGCACGCACAAUUUCCGCCCGCUGAAUGUGACAACUCGGAAGACAACAAUACGCUUUCGUCUAACACCACCACCAGCGGUCCUUCCAUGGCCGUUUACAAGCCGGUGCGUUUAGGUCCGAGCGCGUUGGCGGGUGCCGUUGCAGCCGCAUCAGUAGGUGUCGAAAUGCGCAAUGGUGUCACACCCCUUAGACAUGGGCAAAAACAUAGUGCGUCCGAUAAGAGUUCGAGCUCGGCAAUUGUAUGCAAAGAACCGAAACUAAUGGCAGUCGCGGCGACUUCGUCUUCAACUUCGCUCACCUCUAGCCGUCGCUCGAAUGAGACGCUCUCUUCUUCGGCUGAUGAGCAGCAACCGCCUAGCGCAUCAUCACCUCUGCUCGCACACAAAUUGGCAACUCAGCAGCAGAUUUCCAAGCACGCAACGCAACAGCGACAAGAGCAGCAGCAGCAGCAGUGCGCGGUGGCGCUGCCGCAACAACAAUCAAAGCAGCAACAACAGCAGCAGCAACAGACAAGAAAGCCCACAGACCCGCGCGAUUAUCAGCUAAUGCUGACCAGCGAACAUUUGUAUCGCAAGGAGACGCGUGUGCUAACCGACAUGGGCGGACUAUUCUAUGCGGGCGUGAUGAAACCGCUGCAGCCGCCUGAUGUUUACGCAAUCACCUUGGAUGGUGAGCGUGGGAAUAAGUCGCAUAUCAUGUCGCGCGAGGAGAUUUUCAAGGACACUAUUCUGGAGGUGGCGCCCAAAUCCGUGGACUGUAUACCAAUUGGCACGCGUCUCUGCGCCUAUUGGAGUCAGCAAUAUCGUUGCCUAUAUCCGGGACGUGCCAUCGAAUCAGAAUCGUCCGACGAUGGCGAAACUCCCAAUGAUUCAGUUAGCGUAGAAUUCGAUGAUGGCGACAGUGGGCGUAUACGUCUACAGAAUAUACGCUUUCUACUAAGCGACUAUCCCAUUGUGGUCUCAUUUAAAAAAGGAUCGGAAAUUUUGGCUCAAAGCUUAUUAGAUGAUGAAAAGAUUUCUUCGCUUCCGAAAAGCAAGCACAAAAAGUCUGGUGCAACGCACGCGCGCGGCAACGCUAAUGGCUCCGGCAGUAGCCACAAUUCCAAUGAUGCUCAUGAACACACUUCCAUAUUUGCAGUCUCUGAUCUGCCUGUGGCGACAACGACAGCAACAGCGGCAGCGGCAGCGGCAGCGGCAGGGGCGUUGGCAGUGGCUUGUGCACCAUCUACGUGCGGCAGUGAAUCGCAAACGCAGAGUGCUAAAGAAAUUAGCGCGCAGCGUAAAGAGAAAAAGCGUAUCAAAAAUUUGAAGAAAAAAUCCCAAGCAGCUGCAGCGUUGGCCGCCAGCACAAAUGGCUGCGUAAAUGGCAGUUUGUCAGCGUCUGCGUCCGCAUUGGCGCCGGCAAAUGGCAGCGGGCUAGCGGUCGUGGCGGCCGUUAUGAAUGGCACAAAUGGUGUGGAUGAUGCCGCGGUGGCCGCUGACUGCAAUCGCAAGCACCACAAGCACAAAAAACGCAAGAAGCACAAGAAACAUCAUCAUCGCAAGACGAAUGGUGGCGAGUAUGAAGCGAUCAAUGGCAGCAACAACACAUUCGUGAUCAAGAAUGCCGGUGUGGCGCCAAGCGGCAGCUUUCUGACAUCAACACCGACGACUUCUUACAAAGGUAAGCGUGAAUUUGCAGCGGCUGUUGCUGAUAAUCACAGCAAUAAUGCGCAAAUGGCAGGAGAUGAAAAUGAAGUCGUCGCUGAGGAGCAGGAUGAUGACGAUGAGGCGCAAGAGGAGGAGAAUGAGAAUGAGCAGGUUCAGGUUGCACAAACGCCAGUUGCUGGCGCCUUCCAAGCGGUUGCCGGUCAUAGCAAGUCGCAAACGCAAAGCGGAUCGUCUGCUGCGAUUAAGGUAGAGACGACUGCGGCGUCGACAUCGGCAGCAACAAAUGCUAAAGUCAAAACAGAGCAUUUGGAUUUAGAGGAGGAAAGCACCUCUAAUAUGAUGUCCGAAUUAUCGGAUGAGAAUAAAUGCGAUGAUGAUGAGGUGGAACACAAUAAUUCAAAGGGUAGCAAGAUUGCUGCUUUUUUGCCGGAACGGCAGCUCUGGGGUUGGCAGGGAAAAGCGUAUCGCAAGGCUGGUGUUAAGGGCAGAGCCCGCAAGCAAUUCUACAAAACAAUCAAAAGGGGCAAAGAAACAAUAACUGUGGGGGAUUGUGCAGUAUUUUUAUCGACUGGCAGACCAGAUAGGCCAUAUAUUGGACGUAUUGAAUCCAUGUGGGAGACAACGUCUAGCAAUAAAGUCGUGCGCGUUAGAUGGUUCUAUCAUCCUGAAGAGACAACAGGUUGUCCAAAUCUAAAAUAUCCGGGCGCCUUAUUUGAAUCACCGCACGAGGACGAAAACGAUGUCCAGACAAUAUCGCAUCGCUGUGAAGUACUUCCGUUUGAGCGUUAUUUUGGCAAAUUCGGAGCUGAUUCAAAGCAAUAUCAAUCGAUAUAUGAUAAUAAUGAUACUUACUACUUGGCCGGCUACUACAAUCCGCGAAUACAGGUGCUCAAUAUACAAGACGAGAUACCUACGCUAAAAGCUGAACAGCAAAUGCAGCAGCAGUUGCAGCAACAGCUGCUGGCUAAAGUACAGCAACAGCAAAACGGUGUUUGCUUGGAAAAUGUAAGUGCGGAUGUUGAAUAACUAAAAAAAAUAAAGAGAAGCAGUAAGAAGAGGCCGAAGGAAGCAGAUUUAAAUAGUAAUUAAUUGUAAGUUAAAAGUGUAGUAAAUAUAUGUAAGUAUGUAAAAAUACAUAGAUACACAUAAUAUGUAUCAUUAAUGCAUAUGUAGACUUUCAAAAACAAAAUCACAAUGACAAAGCAACUACAUAUACUAAUAUAUAGUACUGCUGUAGCGUUAUUGUAAAUGUGUGUAAUGCCGUGAGUGACAGUGUCCGUGAGUACGGACAGACAGACGAUGGACGUGUGCGCUGCAAGCGUCCCUUAACUACUAUAUAAACCGGCUACGUUGUGCUGUAUGUUUAUACUAUUUGUAUAUGUGUAAGGAUAACUGUGAAACGAUUUAGUUUUAGAGGAGAGAGAGUUAAAACGGAGCUAAUUGCAAAACAAAAUGAUACAAAAAAGAGAAUCACUAUAUAUUACUAUAUUAAAUAUAUUAUACUACAUACAAACAUUAUAUAUGAAAAUAUAUAUACAUAUAUUAUAUACUAAUGGGUAAAAGAAAGAAAGAAAGAAAGAGCGCAGAAAGAAUAGCAAGCUUAAAUUCGAAAAGCAAACAUUUAUGAGAUGAAAAAAAUAAUUUUAAUUUUAAAUUUAAUUAAUAAAAAAGUAAAUAUAUUAUAUAUAUAUAUACUAUAUACAUGCAUAUACACUUAAACGUACACAUAUUAUACAUACAUACAUAAUUAUAAAGCGUGAGGAUAUACGGACAUUCAAACACAUCGACGAUUACAAAAUUCGGAGAGGAAAUGAUUAAUAAAAAAAAAAACGCAAAUACAAAAAAAUAUUGCUACACUAACAAAAUGGGUAUUUUUUCGGACAGUAAUACUACAGAUAUACACACUUAUACAUAUAUUUACUAUAUUUCAGAUGAAAUUUAAAACUCAAAUUCAGAAAAAAAAACUUUAAAAUAAAAAAGAACUAACUAAAACUCCAGCAACUAAAGUAAAGAAGCAAGCAAACAAAAGAUGCAUACGUACAUAAACACAUAUAUGUAUGUAUAAAAAAAAACCUGUGAAUAGCAAGUAGCAAUAGUGCAGAGGCAGAGGGGUGGAGAUGCUCGUACUUGAUGGGUGAACAGUUGGGGAAAAAUGCAGUGUGUCGCAGAAGCCCUUAACAGGAAACUAUUUAGAAAGAAAUACUAUAAUUGUAACAAUUUAUUGUGAUAGUCGAUCGAGGAUAAUUGAUGAUCAAGAUAAUGAAGACGAUGAUGAUGAUUUUGAUGAUAAUUGCUAACAAUGAUUUUUGAUGAUGAUUAUGACUCUAUGGAAAGAAUGCGUUGUAUAUUUACAUCUCGUUUAUUCAGAUUUAAAGUUUAAAAUACAUACAUAUAA